CGAACCUUGCCGUCAAGGGGAAGCAUCCGAUUCAAUCUACAGGUAAAAGUUUCUAGAGAGAGAGGGAGAGAGCUUGCGUGGGGAUAAUUUUUGUUUCUAGUAUUAGAGAGAGAAGUGCUUUAGGGGAGGAGGAGACAUGAAGAUCACGGCGUUGCUGGUGCUGAAAUGCACUCCCGAGGGUUCCGAUCCGGUGAUCCUAGCCAACGCAUCCGACGUCAGCCGUUUCGGGUACUUCCAGAGACCCAGCGUCAAGGAAUUCAUCGUUUUCGUCGGCAAGACCGUCGCCGGACGGACCCCUCCCGGCCAACGCCAAUCCAUCCAGCACGAAGAGUACAAGGUGCAUUCCUAUAACCGAAAUGGCUUGUGUGCAUUGGGUUUUAUGGAUGAUCCCUAUCCGGUUCGAAGUGCUUUUUCACUGCUAAACCAGGUCUUGGAUGAGUACCAAAAAAAUUUUGGCGAGUCUUGGAGAUCUGUAAAUCCAGGUGGUACUACUCCAGAAUGGCCCUAUUUAGCUGAAGCUUUAAAUAAAUUUCAGGAUCCAGCUGAAGCUGAUAAGCUGUUGAAAAUUCAAAAGGAAUUGGAUGAAACAAAAAUUAUUCUUCACAAGACAAUUGACAGCGUUCUGGCACGGGGCGAGAAGCUUGACAGUUUGGUUGAGAAGAGUUCUGACCUGAGUGCAGCUUCACAGAUGUUCUACAAGCAGGCAAAGAAAACAAACCAGUGCUGUACAAUUUUAUAAGCAAUUUCUUUCACGUAACAGAGGGGUCAUCUGUGGUCUCUGCAUAUUCCUGUGGAGUCUUACAGGUGAGACAGUGAAGAAGAAGAAGAAAGAAAAAGACCAAGGAGAAGUCUAUGUUUAUAUAUUGAUCUUUUCUUUUGAUUUGUGUGAUUCAAUACUUUUAAUUUUCUUGUUCUGUGCAACGGGCAAAGGUGCGUUAUCUCACAUUAACAUAUUAUAAAAAUGUUUCUUGGUUGUUUUUGGCUCUCUUUCCAUAAAUCAUUCCCACAGGCUAUAGCUAUUUUCAUUAAUUUUCAAUUUUCAUAUAUGGUAAAUUGGUCGGUGAUGAUCAUUGGCUUGCAAUUCAGGGCUGGAAAAAAAACAAUCAAAACCAAUACAAAAAGAAGAAUACAAUAUUUAUUUGAAUUUUUUUUUUAAAAAAAAUGGGGGCUCAGAUCUGAAAAGCAUCGGGCGGAGAUAAACCCGGGACACCGCCAUGGCUGCAAACGCAACAGUUGCACGGAAAGCGCCAUCCGCGCGCUGCCAUGCCAAGAUACGGGUCGGGUCAUAUCCCCUCCAGAUCUAAUCAGCUCGGGAGGACAAAUUUGUAAUCAUCGCCCCCCUUAAAACUGCAUCGCCGCUCAGUUAUCGACUGCCGCCGCCGCCGCCCGGAGCAGCGCACAACCGUCGCAUACCGGAUUAUGCAUAUAUGUAUGUGUGUGUGUGUGUAUGUAAACACAGAUGUGAGAUUCAUACCAACACAGAGAUCGAUGGAGAUAGAGAGAGAGAGAGAGUAUGGUAUAGCAGCAGAAGCAGCGAUGACUGCAGAUCUCGUUCUUUCAAACAAAACAAUGGGAAAAAGACAGCAAAAGAGAGCGUUGGAAGAGAGUUGUUGCUAUUAAGGAAAAGGUAGAAAUCAUGGGGUUGCAGAGAGAGGGCAACCACUCUCUUGAGGAAAUCCAAUCCCUCCCUCAACCCUCACACUCUAGCUUCUUCGCCUUCCUCCCGAAGACCAAUUAAUUUACCCUUUCCCC